GUUCGCGGGUUUAGUCGGAGUUUUAUUUUUACGAACAAAUGGCAACGCUGCUGCCAAACCAUUCAUUUCUGCCUCACCAUGCGCUGCAUGCCGUCUUAUAAAAAUAUACAGUGAUUUGGAAGGAACAACAUUUUCAUCAGCAGAAGUUGAACAAGCAGUCGUAUUCUUUUCCGUUUUAAGAGCAAAUUUCCCACGGUAGCAAUAAUUGGUGCAUAAUCAGCAAAGAAGUCCAUUCUUUGUAGUGUAAGACAUUUUUGUUCGUUCCUAAAUUCCAUACUAAGUGGCAAGAAAAAAAUGUCCAAUCCUAUCGUGAACGGUGCCGACGAAGCUCCGGUGAAAACCGAGAAGCAGCUCAAAAAGGAAGCGGAAAAAGCUGCCAAGUUGGCAAAAUUGCAAGAAAAGCUGAACAAGAAGCAAGCCCAGGAACAGCAGGCCGCGGCCAAACCGAAAGCGGAGAAAAAGGUGAAGGAAAGCAAAGAGGCUAUCGUCUACACUGGCAACAGUAAGGAGGGUGAGAAAAAGGACUUAUCGGGACCGUUUCCCGAUGCGUACAGUCCGCAGUACGUCGAGGCCGCCUGGUAUAGCUGGUGGGAGAAGGAAGGUUUCUUCAAGCCGGAAUAUGGGCGAAAAUCGAACGACGACCGUGGCCGCUUCGUGAUGGUAAUUCCACCGCCCAACGUAACCGGUUCGUUGCAUCUGGGUCACGCGCUGACGAACGCCAUCGAGGACGCGAUAACGCGCUGGCAUCGGAUGAAGGGACGGGCGGCUUUGUGGGUGCCGGGAACGGAUCACGCCGGCAUUGCCACCCAGGUCGUGGUGGAGAAGAAGCUGUGGCGCGAGCAGAAACUGACCCGUCACGAUCUGGGUCGGGAGAAGUUUAUCGAGAAGAUUUGGCAGUGGCGUAACGAGAAGGGCGACCGCAUCUAUCAUCAGCUGCGGAUGCUUGGUUCGUCCUACGAUUGGGAUCGGGCUUGCUUUACGAUGGAUCCCAAGCUGUGCAAGGCGGUAACGGAGGCUUUCGUGCGGAUGCAUGAGCAGGGGUUGAUUUAUCGGAGCAGUCGGUUGGUUAAUUGGUCCUGUACGCUGCGGUCGGCUAUUUCUGAUAUUGAGGUGGAUAAGGUGGAGAUUCCGGGCCGUACUAUGCUGUCGAUUCCGGGAUACAAUGAGAAGGUUGAGUUCGGUGUGUUGGUGUCGUUUGCUUAUAAGGUAGAGGGUAGUGAGGAGGAAAUUAUUGUGGCGACCACGCGCGUUGAAACCAUGCUCGGGGAUACGGCCGUUGCCGUGCAUCCGAAUGACGAGCGGUACAAGCAUUUGCAUGGUAAGUUUGUGCAACAUCCGUUCUGCAGCCGAAGGCUGCCAAUCGUCUGCGACGAGUUUGUUGAGAUGGGAUUCGCAACGGGUGCGGUAAAGAUUACUCCCUCGCACGAUCCGAACGAUUAUGAAGUUGGUAAACGACAUAAUCUUCCGUUUAUUAAUAUUUUUACUGACGAUGGUUUUGUUACGGGUGAUUACGGUGAGUUUACCGGAAUGAAACGAUUCGAUGCUAGAAAAGCUGUUUUGGCGGCUCUGCAAGCUAAGGGAUUGUAUAAGGAAACGGUCGAUAAUCCCAUGGUGGUUCCGAUUUGUUCCCGUUCGAAGGAUAUUGUUGAGCCGUUGAUUAAACCUCAGUGGUACGUGAAGUGUGACGAUAUGGCUAAGAAUGCGACGGAGGCCGUACGAUCGGGUGAACUGAAAAUCGUUCCCGAAGUGCACACUAAAACUUGGUAUCACUGGAUGGAGGGCAUCAGAGAUUGGUGCGUUUCUCGGCAGCUUUGGUGGGGACACCGUAUCCCUGCGUACCAGGUGUCGUUUAAAGAUUCCAGCAAGAAGCCAAGCGAUCUUGGUGAGGAAAGCUUGUGGUUUGUUGGUCGCAGCGAAGAAGAAGCUCUGGAUAAGGCUGCGCAGCAGUUGAAGGUAGAUAAGGACGUUUUGGUUUUGAAACAAGACGAAGAUGUGCUGGAUACUUGGUUCAGUUCGGGACUGUUUCCGUUCUCCGUUUUUGGAUGGCCUGACAAUACGGACGAUCUGAAGUUGUACUAUCCGACGUCGCUUCUUGAAACCGGGCAUGAUAUCCUCUUUUUCUGGGUAGCUCGAAUGGUAUUUUUCGGGCAGACUUUGCUGGACAAGCUGCCCUUCAAGGAGAUCUUCCUGCAUCCGAUGGUGCGUGAUGCGCACGGUCGGAAGAUGUCCAAAUCUCUGGGUAAUGUUAUUGAUCCAAUUGAUGUCAUUACGGGCAUUUCGUUGGAGGGUCUACACAAGCAGCUGUACGAUUCCAAUUUGGAUCCACGUGAAAUCGAUCGCGCUAAGGCGGGUCAGAAGCAGGACUACCCGAACGGUAUUCCCGAGUGUGGAACGGACGCAAUGCGGUUUGCACUGUGUGCCUACAUGACCCAAGCCAGGGAUAUUAAUUUGGACAUUCUGCGCGUGCAGGGAUAUCGGUUUUUCUGCAACAAACUGUGGAACGCGACUAAGUUUGCGCUGAUGUACUUCACUGGAGAUGAAAAGUACGAUGUCAUCCAGGAAUUGACCGGUUCAGAGACCGCCAUCGAUCGCUGGAUUUUGUCACGGCUGUCCAAUUGCAUCGACGUAUCAAACAAGGGCUUCGAAAAGUAUGAAUUUGCUCAUGCCACAAAUGCAUGCUACAAUUUCUGGCUGUACGAUUUGUGUGACAUUUACCUGGAGUGUCUCAAACCGGUCUUCCAAUCCGGUACGGAUCAGGCCAAGAGUACCGCGAGAAAAGUGCUCUACACGUGCUUAAAUCUAGGCUUGAAACUACUGUCUCCUUUCAUGCCGUUCAUCACGGAGGAACUUUACCAACGGUUACCACGGGCUGAUAUCGACGAAGUUGCCAGCAUCUGUGUAGCACCCUAUCCGGAGCUGGCCACAUGCAAUUGGCAGGAUGAGUCGUUGGAAAAGGACUUUGAGUUUGUGCAGCGCACGGCUAAGGUUAUUCGAUCGGCUCGCAGUGACUACAAUCUACCCAAUAAAACCAAGACGGAAGCGUAUGUAAUUUGCAGCGAAGAAGCAGUCAAGGCCACUCUGGAACAAUUCGCGGCUGAUCUGGCAACGAUGAGCUACUCCCAAAUUAAUUUGGAUAGCGGCGAACCUCCGGCAGGUUGUGCUAUUUUGACAGUUUCUGGAUCUUGCGUUGUACAUCUGCUGCUAAAGGGACUGAUUGAGGUCGACAAGGAAAUCGUGAAGCUUGAUAAGAAGCGUGAAACCUUGACGGCUACCGUUGAGAAGCUGGAGCAGGCCAAAGCAGCUCCGGAUUAUUGCACCAAGGUUCCCGAGGAUGUGAGAAACAACAACCAGGAGAAACUAGACCAAACGAAGGUCGAAAUCGAACGUAUCAUUGCGGCAAUGGAAACACUAAAAACUAUGUAAUCGCAACUAUUACCAACCAGAAUGAAACAUUUCUCAAUUUGAGCAUUUUAUUUGUAUUACCAUCCGUUGCUGGCAGUGCGCAAAACAGGAAAUUUAUUUAUCGUAAGCUGUGAAGUAGUUAAUUUAUUGCCACUAUUAGAGAACGGAAGUGCUACAGUUACACACGGAUAUGACUAUUAAAUAACGAUUAGAAUAUACGCAAAACAAGCAAAUGCAAGCAAGAUUUGAGCGUAAAGCCUAACACAUAAGGUUUCAUUACUUUU